UGAAUAUUUGUAUACUUCUCUGCUCACAGACACGCGAGAGAGAGAGAGAGAGAGAGAGGGAGCUCUUCUAAAUGAAUGAAUGACAGAGUUCACAGUGAUGAGAUACCGGCAUACCCAUCUCCUGCACAUCUUCUCCCUCCGCCAUUAACGAAACUCCAAACCCAACCACCACCGCACCAGCCCAUCUCAGUCUCACCCCCCACCAAAAAAUCUCAGCCUUCUUUCCUUCUUUCUUUUCCGCCAUGGCCUUAGCUUCAGAUUCAUUCACCAGCUCGACCCAAUGCCCCUCCCUGCACCUUCGUUACUCAACAAUGGCGGGCCUUCGUUAGUUCCGUUGCUUUUCUUGUCUUAUUCUGUCCUCUUGAUCUGAGAUUCAGCUCAAAGCGCACGCCUUUCCAGUCAAAACCGAAGCUUUUGUGCCCCUGAAGCAGAUUCCUCCCUGCAGUUUUGGCAUUAUCCUUGCCAUUUAUAACCUCGGCCAUUUUAGCGAAGCAAUUCAAGAGAAGUCCCAGAUGUAGCGGGACGCGGAGGAGAUCGACCUCUGAUAGAACAAUCUCUGGUUCUUUGAUCAAAAGGGUCUCGGCCGGUGCUGCGAUUGCACCGGCAUUGGGCCGACGGGGGCGGAGGAGGUCCCGGCUUUGAUUGAUGGUAUUGCUGCAACUUAACCCUAACCCACAUGAAGAAUUUCCAGUUUUUCAAGCAGAUUUCGAACAAUGCGAGGUCCGAGAGGCGGCUCUCGCUCGGGGAGUACAAGAGGGCGGUUUCCUGGUCCAAGUACUUGGUGUCCUCCGGCGCAGAGAUAAAAGGCGAGGGGGAAGAGGAAUGGAGCGCCGACAUGUCGGAGCUGUUCAUAGGAAACAAGUUCGCGUCGGGACGCCACAGCCGGAUUUACGGGGGUAUUUAUAAGCAGAGGGAUGUGGCUAUUAAGAUUGUCUGUCAGCCUGAAGAGGACGAGGAUUUGGCUGCUCUGUUGGAGAAGCAGUUCACCUCUGAGGUUGCCCUGCUUUUUAGGUUGGAACAUCCCAACAUCAUCACUUUUGUUGCAGCUUGCAAGAAACCUCCAGUGUUCUGCAUCAUAAUGGAAUACAUGUCGGGGGGCUCAUUGAGGAAAUUCCUCCACCAGCAAGAGCCCUACUCAGUCCCCCUCAACCUUGUUCUAAAGCUAGCCCUCGACAUCGCUCACGGGAUGCAGUACCUUCACUCUCAAGGAAUCCUUCACCGGGACCUCAAGUCAGAGAACCUUCUUCUCGGGGAAGAUAUGUGUGUGAAGGUAGCGGAUUUCGGGAUAUCAUGCUUGGAAUCACAAUGCAAGAGUGCCAAGGGGUUCACCAGCACAUAUCGUUGGAUGGCCCCAGAGAUGAUCAAGGAGAAGCACCACACAAAGAAAGUUGAUGUCUACAGCUUCGGGAUAGUUCUAUGGGAGCUCCUGACGGCUUUGACUCCAUUUGAUGAUAUGACUCCCGAGCAGGCUGCUUUUGCAGUUUGUCAAAAGGAUGCAAGGCCACCAUUGCCUCCAGAAUGCCCUGCAGCGUUUCGGCAUCUUAUAAGCCGGUGCUGGUCAAGCAAUCCCAACAGGCGACCCUACUUCGACGAGAUCGUCUCGAUCCUCGAAGGCUACUCGGAGUCCCUCGAGCAGGACCCAGAAUUCUUCCUGUCCUUCAGGCCAUCCCCCAAUCGCUCUGUACUCCGUCUCCCUCGGUGCUUGCUGCCCAAGUGCAUCACGGACCCAUAGGCCCGAGACCAGUCCCAUCUUAAAGGCCUGAGGAGCAAUAGAGAAGGUUUUAGUGGAGUCAAACAUUGUUAAUGGGAAUUGCAAAGUGUACCAUAUUCUUCUUCUUGUCAAAGGUCAUGUCUUCUGAUGAUGACGACGUUCUUGUAAUGGCUGUUUCAUGCCAACGGAAUCAGAGCUAAUUUUCGUAAUAUUAGCUAUUCUCGUUUUUCCUUA